AAGCAGAGCCACGUGAAGGAAGAAUAGUUGAAUAGAUAAGCGGUUUUGUUUGCGUCUCCAUAACCUCUGCGUCGGCGUUAGGGUGUUUGACAAAUGGCGGGGGUUUUGGAGCCCCGGUUCCUUCUGAACCCACUCCCACUCUUCGCUUCCAAGAAUCCCACAACAGUCCAAAGGUUUCCCUUCCCUUCAAACAAGCCAGUGUGUCUUUCCCUUGUUGCCACUCACGACGGUUCCGCCUCUCACCCACUCUUCCAAGACCCGGAAGUUGAACCCACUCCUGACCGGGCUAGAGAUCGCCGCCGAGCGGUCCGAUUGGCGUGGGAGAAGCUGCUUCGCUGGUCCCGCUCUUGGCGCUCCAAGGCCAAGACCGAUGUUCUUGAGCGUACUAACAAGGUUGUGGUGCUUGGAGGUGGGUCUUUUGGCACAGCAAUGGCUGCCCAUCUUGCUGAUAGAAAGGCUGAAUUGGAAGUUUACAUGCUCGUACGUGAUCCUCAAGUUUGCCAGUCUAUUAAUGAGAGCCACUGUAAUGGCAACUACUUCCCUGAACACAGACUACCUGAAAAUGUGAUUGCAACAACUGAUGCCAAAGCUGCUUUGCUUGGUGCGGACUAUUGCCUUCAUGCUGUGCCUGUGCAGUUCAGCUCAUCUUUUCUUCAGGGGAUUGCAGAUCAUGUGGAUCCUAGCUUGCCUUUCAUAUCUCUUAGCAAAGGGUUAGAGCUGAAUACAUUGAGAAUGAUGUCUCAGAUUAUACCCCAGGCAUUGAGGAAUCCUCGCCAACCUUUUGUUGCACUAUCAGGGCCUUCAUUUGCACUAGAAUUGAUGAAUAAAUUGCCAACAGCAAUGGUGGUGGCAUCAAAAGACAAGAGAUUGGCAAGUGCUACUCAGCAGCUACUAGCUUCUAGUCAUUUAAGAAUCAGCACUUCAAGUGAUGUUACAGGGGUGGAAAUUGCAGGUGCACUAAAAAAUGUACUUGCAAUAGCUGCGGGGAUUGUUGAAGGGAUGGAUCUUGGUAAUAACUCUAUGGCAGCUCUUGUUGCACAAGGUUGUUCUGAGAUACGAUGGCUAGCAACAAAGAUGGGUGCAAAGCCGACAACAAUUACUGGUCUAUCAGGAACUGGAGACAUUAUGCUCACAUGUUUCGUAAAUCUUUCAAGAAACAAAACAGUUGGAGUCCGUCUUGGCUCAGGGGAGAAGCUGGAUGAUAUACUAAGUUCUAUGAGUCAGGUGGCGGAAGGUGUAUCAACAGCUGGAGCUGUGAUUGCAUUGGCCCAAAAAUACAACGUUAAGAUGCCAGUUUUGACAGCAGUUGCUCGAAUUAUAGACAAUGAACUGACCCCAAAGAAAGCUGUUCUCGAGUUGAUGAGCCUCCCUCAGGUUGAAGAAGUGUGAAAACCUAAGGGCUAUGUCAAGAGGCUGAACAAUUUUUGUUUUAUGAAGCUCUGUGGUCAGAUACCCAUCCAAUGGUCAUUAUUAACUCAAAGUGCUGUGGUACACCAAACCAUUAGAGAGCAAAUUUUCACAGAUUGCGGUAUACAGUUAGAUUUUUUUUUUACAUUGCUUUUACUUCCUAUUUUUUUUGGGUCAGGGAGCAGUUUUGCAAUCAGGAAUUAUACUGACUGAAACUUCCAAACUGAGAUAUAACGAAA